GCGACGUUUCCUAUCGAAGGUUCGUUUCGUGGCUUUUUCUCAUUUUGGAUUUAUUUAAACAAGUAGAAAACAAAUUUAAAAGCUCCUAAAUUCCUUUGUUUUCAAAAGAAUUAUUUGCAAAUAUUCUAAAAUUAAGAAAAAAUUAGAAUUAAAUUGAAACUACCAACGGGGAACCGUAUUAAACACGUCUCAAACUUCAUUCUUGUUGGUCGUUUCUUACAUCUCGUCGUUUUUCUCUUUUCCUGUGCGUUAACACCUUGCUACCUUUCUAUUAGUAAGCGAGCGAAAACCAAAAGCAAUUAAAAAAAUCCAACAAAACGACGUAGUAUUUGUUGUAUUCGACUGAUUUGCAUUGUAAAUUAAAACGAUCUUCAUCAUCUGUGGCCUUAUGAAUUGUUAAGUAGUCAAAAAGUCGUAUUUUUGCAAACAAAUUGAAAUGAUUUUGAAAUUCGCGUAUAUGAAAAAGUAGUGCUGUGUUUUAUUUUUUUUUAUUGCUGCCAAUGAUCGUAACAAAGUGAUAAUCAAAGUGCGCUUUUUCUUGCAAUCCCUUUCACGAGGAUCUGUAUCGUGUUGUUGUGUUUGUUUAACGACAACGAAAGGAAAAAAGAAAACAAAAUAUUCAAAAAUCUUAUAAACGAAUCAUCAUCACCUCAAGUGCCUUUUUCUUUGGUGGAUUACAUAAAAUACGAUAAAAACAAGAUAACAACAUAGCUUAUUAAAACGUCAGAGUUUCCCCCCGCAACUGCCUUAAAAGAAAACAAAAUCAAAACAACACCGCCAACAACAAAAAUCACAUAAUAAAUAAAAACAACAACAACAAAAAAUCGUGAGCUUCCUAUAUUUUUAUCACGGACUUGUAAAUUUAAACAACAACAAAAAAAAAGACUCUACAACAACAACGACAAUUCCCAAUUACAAUAAUUCGUUUUAAGGGUUGUGCUAAAAAAGAAAUCUACGAAAAACACUCAAUUACACAAGGAAAUUACAACAAUUAUAACAGCAACAAUAACACGGACUGCAGAGGAAAACUAAAAAAUUUGAACAGAGCAGAGGAACAGCAACACCAACAACAACACCGCCAACAUGGAGUCCAUGGAAUAUGAAAUGGCACGCAACAUGACGUUGCUAUUCUUUUUGGAACGUCUAUUGGAUAAGGGCGAGCCACGCACCGUUCAUGAUUUGUCAUGUCAGUUUGGCAACAAAGAGUUUACCAAGGAGAUGCGUCAAAUCGCCGGCGGAUCACAGUCAGGUUUAAAGAAGUUCUUGGCUCAGUAUCCUUCCAUUUUCCUGGUCGAUGGUGAUUAUGUUCAAGUGAACUGCUACCAACAUUCCAAUUCCGAUGAUGGCGGUUAUGGCGGCCGACGUGAUUAUAUACAGGAGGCAAAAGACUAUUUCAAAAAUAAAUUGCUGCAGUAUGGCAUUGGUGUGGAGGUGCCGGUGCGCAGCUUGUUGGGCCAUAGAUCACAGGCAUCACCACAAGUCAGACAUAUAUCAGGCCAACACAUUAAAGAGUUUACGGAGUUUCUCUUAAAGCAUCCCGACACCUUUCAUGUGGUGGAUGACCAUGUCGUUUUGGUGGGCUGUGAGGAUAUGACCGAUUUGCCGGCCCGUGAUCGUUUACAUUUGCCCCAGACCAAUAUCGACACCAGGGCCACGCAACAGAUGUUGGAUUUCUUUGCCCAGUGCAUUGAAAUGAAGGGACCCAUCAUGGUCGAUCAAUUAUUCCAUUUGGUUACCACCAAUUUUCCCCAGGAACAAUGGCUGCGGAUGUUUAAAACACCCAGCGAUUUGAUGACUUUCCUACGACUUUUCUCGGAUUGUUUUCACAUUCAAGCCAAUCUAGUCACUCUCUUACAAAAACCUAAGCUAAGCGAUUCUCACAUACAACAGUCACAGGCCAAGUCCCGGGAGCAAUACAAUGCUAUGAACAAUAAUCGGAAUAGUCAACAUCAGCAACAGUCGUCGCAACAGCAGCAAACGUCUCAACCGGCCAUUAGUGCGGUACAGCAACGUUUGUUGUCGCCACGCUUGAAUCACAGCAACAACAAUGUGGGACAAAACAACUCCUCAUUGCAAAACAAUAACAACAAUACUUCAAGCAAUAAUAACAACAACAACAAUAGCAUUGCUUCACCCAAUUUUAAGCUAAAUGCUCCCGUUACCACUCACAAUGCAUCAGCAUCGUCUGGUUCCAAUGGUGAUUUGUCACAAAAUCGUUCCGAACCCAAUUCCGGUUUCGAUAGCUACAUACCCAUCUCAGAGAUGAAAUUGGAAAAUCUUUGUGAACGCAAUUAUCCCGCACCCAAUAAUUGUUCCUCCUACGGGGCCACCUCAAAUCAACAAAAUACGGGAGGAGGGGCUAACCAGAAUAAUCACUCAACACCACCUGCCAUAUCAUUGCCACUGCAGGCACCACCACCAGUUGCCGAACGUCUGAACAGUGCCAAUCAAACGUUGAAACAACGUAUCAAUAAUCUGGUCAUACGGACCCUGGCCGAAAACUAUGAAAAAGACAAACAAUCGAUGGCCAAUCAACAGGCUGGCUCUGUUGGUUACAAUCCCCAGAACUCACCCCAUCACAGUCCAAAUCAUGGAAAUGUAAAUAACACCACAUCGUCGUCGUCCUCGUCGGGCCAUAGCUCAUUGCAAAAUGUCAAUUCAUAUAAUUCUCCUAGUCAAAAUUAUUUCGUGGGUGAUACCUGGAAGAUAAAGGUUCUACAGAAUACCAGUGUCAUAGCGAAUAUUAAACAGUCGCUGUUUGUCACGGAGACAAUGCUUAAGUUUGCCCAACAGAAUCAAUCGAUUGUGGUGUCACUCGACUGUGAGGGCAUCAAUUUGGGCAUAAAAGGUGAAAUUACGUUGAUUGAAAUCGGUACGACACGUGGUGAGGCAUUCAUAUUUGAUGUGCGCACCUGUCCUGAAAUGAUUAAUGAUGGCGGUUUGAAGGCCUUGCUGGAACACGAGAAUGUCAUUAAGGUGGUCCACGAUUGUCGCAAUGAUGCUGUUAAUUUAUAUCUACAAUUUGGUAUAUUGCUGAGAAAUGUUUUCGAUACACAGGCUGCCCAUGCUAUUGUACAAUACCAGGAGAGCGGUAAGCAGGUGUACAAAGCCAAAUACAUAUCCUUAAAUUCACUGUGUGAACAAUAUAAUGCUCCCAUAAAUCCAAUCAAAGAGCAACUAAAACAAAUCUAUAGACGAGAUCAAAAGUAUUGGGCCAAACGGCCAUUGACCCGAGAAAUGUUGCUCUAUGCUGCCGGAGAUGUUUUAGUUUUAAUCAAUGAUCAGUUGUAUGGCAAUCUGACAAGACAAAUAAAGCCAGAAAAUCUGCAAUUAUUUUCUGAACUUUGUACCGAACAAAUUCUCAUGCAUAUCAAGCCAAACGAAGUGAAAAUACGCAAGAAACAACGAAAGAUAUCCACUGAAGUAUCCGAUCUCAAACAGAAGUUAGCUCAAACCAAAACCAAGAGUAUUGUGCUUUCCAAUCGGGAAAUACGUUUGUUAAGAUAUAUGGACUUGACUGAAGAUGAAAAGGAACGUGUAAAGGGUUACUAUAAGGUGGCCAAGAAAUUGGAAAAAAUGGAAUCAUCUGGACAACAGAAUAAAGAUCAAAGUGACUCCGAAGAUGAACAAGAGACCAAUGACAACGAAAAUUUCCCCAGUUUGGAUUCAGUGCCAUCGGAUAAUUCAUUGACCGGCACCUUUUCGCCACGUUUCAGUUCAGAACCACCAAGCCUGACCGAAUCCAUGCAAAUGAUGGAUGAGAUUUUGGCAAAUCAAUCUAUGGACCGUGUGGCCAAAAUUGAUAAACUUGAAGCAAUAUUAUCGGCUGUGACCCUAUUGCCAAGUGAUCAGAUCAUAACUUCCAAUGACCAAUUGGGCACAACCAUAGCAACAACUGAUAACUUACAGAUCGUCAGAGAAAAAACGAAAAACAUGAAAAAUUGCAAUUGUGUUGGUGAACGCAGCACCACGCCCACAGCCAACCAGAUUAUACGCAAUACCGUGGACAAAGGCCAAGUAAAAAUGAUUGACGCAGCAUCACAAACCUUGAGUACUGGCGAUAUUGUCAUUACCAAGAUUAUCUUCGAAGACGAACACGAAAAGGCCAAAGAAAAAGUCUUGACUUCAUCGCCCAAACGAAAUAAUUCAUAAAUUCACAAAAAAAAAGAACGCAAUGGCAAAAAAGGCAAAAACAACAAAAACAAUGGAGAAGGAGAAAAUAUUUUGAUGAGAUUUACAUUUAAUUGAAAAACAAAAAACCAAUACACACAUAAAUGAUUCCUAAUUAUUAAUUAAUUGAAAUGAAAAGAAAAAAAAAAAACGAUUUAAAAACUUUAAAUGAUUUGAUUAUAAUUAUAGCUCUAAUUAUAUAUAUAUUUUUUUUUUGUUAAUAAUUUUUUUCUCUCUCAAUUUAAGUAUAACAUUUAUUUAUCAUGUAUUUUUGUUUCUUUGGAUUUCCCUAGGGAAUUCAAAUAGAGCGGGCGUUAUAAAAUAUUAUCGAAAAAAAAUUAUAACAGCAACAACAAACACAAAACAAAAAUAACCAAGCAAUAUUGUAGUAUGUGCCUAAAUGUUGAACAUUUAUUAUUGCUAAAACAAUUAAAAAAAAACAUAAACAUGUAAUUUAAUUGUAAAAGAAAAAUUGAAAUACUUUUCCCUCUCUGGCAAGAGACAGAAAACAAAAGUGAAACAAUAACAUUGAUCCAACAAUUCCUUUAUUUUUAUGUUAAAUGUUAGAAACACAACAAUGUAUUGAUCCCAUUUACUUUGCUUUAAACAAAAUCUUAUUACUCUAUUUUUCUUCUAAUUGAUAUAAUUUUUAACAUAAUUCUUUUAAUUGAUCUUUUUAUACUCCCUCCCUCCCCUUUUUGGAAACAUUCAAACAUCAUUGUAUUUGUAAAGUCAAUAAGUAAUCAUUAAUUAAAAAAAAAUGUUAAAGAAAACAAGUUUCAUAAAUUUAAUUAGCAAUGUAAUUACAUAUCAUCAUUUAUUGCAAAACAUUAAAAUUUAAACUAAAAGAAACUCCCCUAUAUAUGAUUACUAAUAAAAAUGAUAACAAAAACAAACAA